UUUACCAGCUAGAUGCUGGGAGAGUAGUCCUGCGCUGUCUAUCGGUCACUCCAGGUACUAUUUGUCCGAACUUGGAAUGUGUGGGUUUCGAACCCAUUGAAGAAGUGAAGAAAAGGCGUAGGUCGGCCGAAGGCCCAGUGUCAGGAAACGUCAUAUAUCACGAAAAACAUUAAAAAUGCCGGUCCAAAAGGAUUCUAAUAUCGUGAAAAUCGCCGUCCAGAUGACGGAACAAGUGCCACAACUUAUUGAGUUUAAUCAAAGGCAACCACUCACUGGGAUUAUUCAGGAACUGUGCAAUGGAUGGGGUCUUUCUGACCCUGAGUCUUAUUCAUUACAAUUUUCUGAAAGCAAUAAUCAAAAUUACAUCACAGAAAAGAAUCGUAAUGAGGUAAAGAAUGGUAGUAUUUUAAGAUUAGAAUUUUCUCCUUCUAAAACUGCUCGUGAUAUUUUAACAAAACUUAAUAAUGGGACUAUGGAGGAAAAAACUGCAGCCUUGCAAAAACUAAGUACUCUUAGCACAGAUAUGACAUUUGCAUUAGAAUUUAUUAAUAAGCAAGGAUUACAUUUAAUUAUAUCACAGGUAGAAGGUGAAAAAUAUAAAGGUAAUGCACUUGCAUAUUCGCUUCAAUCAUUUGUGGAACUUAUGGAUCAUGGAAUUAUUUCAUGGGAUAUAUUGGAAACACCUUUCAUUAACAAAGUGGCAAGCUAUGUAAACAAUCAGGCUGUUACACAAGAUACCAGUAUUAUUGAAGCUUCACUUAGUAUUCUUGAAAAUAUAGUAUUAAAUUCUUCUGGAAAGUAUGGGCAAGUUGAAAAAGAAGUGACUUUUCCCAACUUAGUAAUGCAUCUGCAAAGUAUGCGUCCUCAAAUCCAGCAGAAUGCAAUAGCUUUGAUAAAUGCAUUAUUUCUUAAGGCUGAUCUAUCUAAACGUAGAGCUGUUGCUGCAACUCUUCAAUCUAAGCAAGUUAGGAAUGUUUUCCUAACGAAUGUUAUACAGUCCACUGGUCAAGUUGGUGCAGAAAUGGCUCAUCAGUUAUAUGUACUGCAAACAUUAAUGUUAAGCUUGUGGGAACAACGUAUGAUGACAAAAAUGGAUCCCCAAGAUCAAGAUGCACAUGAUAAAAUUAAAGAACUCAGAAGGAUUGCUUUUGAUACAGAAGGUGCAAUAGGUGGAGAUGUAACUGCUCGUAAGCAGGGUCUCUUUGCCAAAGAUUAUAAAAAGUUGGGCUUUAAAUAUGAUAUUAAUCCAGCACUUGAUUUUACGGAAACUCCUCCUGGAAUGCUUGCUCUAGAUUGCAUGGUUUAUUUUGCACGCAAUCAUACAGAAGCUUAUACGAAAGUUGUACUAGAAAACUCUUGCAGAGCAGAUGAACAUGAAUGUCCUUUUGGCAGAACAAGUGUGGAACUUGUCAAAUUACUUUGUGAAGUAUUGCGAAUUGGGGAAGCUCCUAGUGAACAAGGUCAAUCAUAUCAUCCUAUGUUUUUCACUCAUGACCACCCAUUUGAAGAAUUUUAUUGUGUAUGUAUUGUUCUUUUGAACAAAACCUGGAAAGAAAUGAGAGCGACCACAGAAGAUUUUGUAAAAGUAUUUUCUGUUGUAAGAGAACAAAUUACUAGAGCACUUCAAUUUAAACCCACGGGAUUAGAUAAAUUUAAAAACAAGUUACAACAAUUGACAUAUUCAACGAUUACCAAUCUUUGGCAACAAGAACGAACUAGUAGAGAGGAAUGGGAAAGUCAUGCAAGACCAAUCGUCGAACUUAGAGAACAAAUUACACCCGAAAUUUUAGAUCUUAUUCAACAACAACGUUUAGGUUUCUUGGUAGAAGGUACCAGGUUUAUGAAAUACAGUGCUAGAGGACAGAGAAUUAAGGACAAGUUUUGGUACGUUCGGCUUUCACCAAAUCAUAAGGUAUUCCAUUAUGGCGAUUGCGAUGAGAAAUCAGUGCCAACGAUAGACGAACUUCCUACAAAAUUAGCCGUCGUUGAAAUUCGUGGUUUACUAACUGGCAGAGACUGUCCACACAUGAAAGAUUUACAGCGACGCAAAACCACACAUCAGUUAGCGUUCUCUUUAAUUUUGGAUUCUGUAGAAGUUUCAAGCCUAGAUUUUGUUGCACCUGAUGAACAAGUUUUCGAUUAUUGGACCGAUGGUAUCAAUGCCUUACUCGGUAAUAGAAUGACCAGUAAAGAAGCAGAAAAUGAUUUGGAGACAUUAUUAUCUAUGGAUAUUAAAUUGAGACUUUUAGACGCAGAGGGACUCGAUAUUCCCCAAGAACCACCGGCUAUUCCGGAUCCACCCCCAAAUUACGAUUUUUGCUAUGAAUUAAAGUAAACGUUUUCUUUUACAUUCAAGAAUCGCGCAAGACGUCUUCAUUUUAGAUAAAAAGUUUUAUACAAAUGAAUCAUUUUUAAUACGUCUAGAUUAGUAUUGUUUAUAUACAAUACAUAGAACUUAAUUAUAUAGACUAUACGUUUAAGUAUAUUUUAAUUAUAUUAAAAGACGCAGUACAUUUUACCAAAGAUAUAUUUUACAUUUUACAAGUGCAAAUUAUAUACAUUGUUUUGAAAAUUAUUUGUAUAUAUCAAUUUGAUACUUAUACAAUGAUAUAUCGAUUUUAUAUUAUAACGAUAGUAGAUAUCGAAGAAUUAAUAUUAUUUACAA